AUGUUAGGAAGUUUGCUGGGACGCCUUUGUCUCUUUUGUCCAUUAAGAUGGCCCUUGUUUCCAAAGCGGCCACGUUGGAAGGCAACGGGCGAACGGCCCUCUUUUUUUUUUCUGACCUCUUUCUUAUGCCUUCGUCCCCAACGACCCUCGCACACGCGGAGUGGGGCCAGGAAGCUGGCGGCGGGCCGUAAGAGCCGCCACUUCGACGCCUCACAGCGGGAUUUUGGUUCCCGCGGCGUGUGCGUUGUGAGUAGACGUGCCUUUGGGUGCACACGCGAUGGAUGCGGCCUCUCCGAGGCGGGGGGAUGUUGGGCGCAGACUGCACUAACACAGUGGCUCCUCCUUCUUGUGGUUUGUAGUAGUAGGGGGGAGAGGGCCGCAUCCGGACACACAGCUGCUUCUUUUAGCUCUUUUUUUUUCUCCUUUGUGCCUUCUGCCGGAUGGAAGUUUUUUUUUUUUGGCUUCUACUUUGUUUGGUCUUUCCCUUGCAAGUUUGUUUGCCGCUUCCCUUCGUUGCUUGCGUUUCCGUGUCUGGCGCAGUGCCACUUGCUUAGCUCUCCACACCAACCUGCAACAAUGGGCCACCUCGAACAAUGGCGCUCCCGCCAGAAGAUCGGCAUGGGCAAGGGCGCGCGCCACUGCGUGAUCUGCUCCAACCAGAAGGCACUCAUCCGCAAGUACGAGCUCAACGUCUGCCGCCAGUGCUUCCGUGAGAAUGCGGCGCACAUUGGGUUCAACAAGCUCCGUUGA